AUUAUCAGUUUCAGACGAGACUUUGUUCGGAGAUCGUUUCUGUUUUAUUUAUUUUUUUUCUUUGAAACUUAUUGUUUUAAUUGAUUUGUUUAGAUUUGGAUUUCUUUUAGAUAUAUGUUUUUGUGUGGUUGCCGAGAAAAUGCAAGAAAUGAACCGGAAUUUAAUAUUUUUAACUAGAAGUUAAGGUAAGUAAACUGACACUUAUCGCGCUUACAAUUUUUAUUACUUUUUUGUGUUAAUUAAAUUAGAAUUUUUAUUUUUCUCAAUUCUUCUGCGGUUUGGUUGUUGAGGAAAAAUAUAUUGUUGCUAGAAUAGAUUUGCACAUGAAAAAUAAUUAAUUUGAAGAUGCUAGAUUAUUAUAUAUUCAAUGCUAUAAGAGUUGCAGAUUAAAAUAAUUUAAUUUUUGUUUGAUUUGUCUUCACAGCCUUUAGAUUUUAAACUUAAUUAUGGUUCAAAAAUUUGAGCUGGUUUAAUUCUUUCAAGGGCUUUCCUGAUCUGUUAUAAUUACUCUGUUUCUGUGUGGGAAAGCUAAACCAGACAUAAAUGUCUGCCACAAACAUGAAAGCAGAUCAAAACAUUGGAUUUGUGUUAAGUGGUGGAGAAGGAUCUUGGAGGAAUGUCUGAAUUGUGCCUGUUUGAGCUUGUAGAUAAUCUUUGGGAAGAAUUUGGUGCUGGUGAUGAUCAUAUAGUGCCACAUACUGUUGAAUAUGGUGCUCAAUUCAAAGCUCAUGGCGAUAGUUGAAAAAAACCACGACAUGAAGUGAUUGAAGCUACUAGGAAUGCUGAGGAUAUGACUACCUAUAGUAUUUUGGGGGAUAAGGAAAAAGGUUUACAUACGUUGACCAGAAACAGAAUGAUAGAGAAGGGUCUAUGGUCUCACAGUCCUGAUGGUAUGUUUUCCACUUCAGGUGAUAAUGAAUCACUCAAAGAAGUAUGUUCAAGUAUGUCCAACUAUGGUCUAAAAACUGGCAAUACGGAUUUAGUUGGCAGUGAAGUUUGUGCUGAUGAUUCUAUCAUGUGUGACAAAUGUGCAACAGAGGACAAUAAUGUUUACUAUUUUCCACUAAAUUACAUGAUGGAAGCUGAUGACGAUAUCAGCUUUUUUAAUACUCAUCAUGAAGACAAAGAAAACAGUGAUCUUUUUUAUUAUGGCUGGGGAGACAUUGGCAAUUUUGAUGAUGUUGACAGGAUGUUCAGAAGUUGUGAUUCGACAUUUGGGUUGGGGAGUCUCAGUAAUGAAGAUGAUUUCUGCUGGUUUUCAUCUUCACAAGUGACUGAAGGAUCUCAAGAUGCAUUUAAGGCUGAUGCUAAACUCAAUGGUAUACCACAGCAUUGUGCAAGUUCUAGACCAGACAAUGAAGUUUCUUCAACUAUUGAUUCCAGCAAGAAAAGUGUACACCCAAGUGACAAAAUAGAUUCCAGUAAUAUGAAAGGUGAUAACUCUGGUUUUGCUCACUUGUCAUAUUUAAAUGUAUCCAAUGAAGAAUCUGCAAGUAAGGAUGAGUUGACUCCCAAGGAGCAGAUAAGUCCACCAAAAAAGCAGGUGAAGCAACUGAGUGCAUCAGGAGAAAGAAAAGAUAAACAUCUGAAAAAUGGUAGUUCCUUUCACGAAUAUGGUAACAUCAAGCAGUCUACAUAUGUGAAGAACACCUUUUCUGAGUUGUGCUGUCAAUUCUUUUCUCCAUCAGGCCUUCAGCAGCACAAACAGAGUGUUGGACCUGAUUCUCUGAGUUACGCACGGACAAAUAUUCCAUAUAUGCAUCUCAACGACUUCAGUCCUUUGGAUCAUAUUUUAGAAUGUCCAACUCUAUCUAGUACCAAAUCUGAAAAUAAUGGUAACCCUUCUUCAACAAACGAGCCAUCUUAUGCUUCAGAUCAGGUGCAGUCUAUAGAGAGCUUUACUGGGCCAUCAUUUGGGGCUUCUGACAUUACAAUGAAUGAGAAGAACGGAAAUCUACAUUACCCACAAGAUACACAAGCCCCACUCAAAAGGAAUGUCAAACCUGCAAAAGUGGGCAGUAAAAUGGCAUUUUAUGAUCCAGUUACUGUUCAAGAGCAGGUCCAUCAAUCUGAACAAGAUGGUCAUAGUGAAGUUCAAGGAGCUAGUGUAGGAAAGCCAGAAGAAUUAGAUUCUUCAAAUGAUCAGCUAAGCUCUUGUACGAGUUCUGUAUUGGAUGAAGUCUCACUAGAAGCAUCUGGUUUUUGGAUGCUUCAACAGGUCAUGGAAAAGUUGGACAUCAGGACAAAACUGUGCAUAUGGGAUAGUCUCUAUCGGUUGGCUAGGAGUGCUGAACAAAGGCAUAAUUGCACAGAUAUGAAAGGAGACAUCAAAGAUGAAAAAUAUGUAGUUGAUUCAUUUGUAGCCAAAGAACCUAACAAAUACAUUGGAUUAAUGGAUGUGGAAACUGGCACAAACCCUAUAGAUAGAUCCAUAGCACACCUACUAUUUCACAGGCCUUCAGUCAAUACUAAGUCUCACGGAAUGAUUCAUGGAUCCAUAAUGUGAUUGCUGGGAAUGCAUUUGGGGAAGAAGAACCUGAUGCGGGUUCGUGUUGGACAUGGGUAACUAUGAAUUCGUUAAUAUCAGUGUUAACUCCUUGUAAAAUAUAUAAGUUUUACUUGUAUUGUCAAUCCUUUGUAAAUUGAUUUAUCACCAAUACGUCAAAGGCUAUUUUCUUUUUCA